AUAUGAGGAGAUAAAUUUACAAUUUUUAAAAGCAACUCUUAUACUCCUACUACCUGCAAAGGCGGUUUCUUUUGUUUCCAUUUUGCCGCACAAAGCGUUUUCCAAGAAUCAUUAACAGUUCUCUCAAAUUUAGGGUUUAUCUUCUAUAGGUUCCUGCUCUAUCUCCGAUUUGAGGAAGAAGGAAGAAGGAACAAGUAUUUGUGAUCAAAAAUGGCGUUGGGGAGGAAAUGCAGUGCAGUGAAAUCGAGGCGUGGUGGUGCGAAUGCUGAGCAAGAGGUAUUGGAAUUGGGAGUUGUGAAGUACACGCGCGGUUUAGGGAGGAAGAGGAUUGUGAUCUCAAAUGUGGAGGAAUCAUCGUUAUCACCUCUUGAUUCUGUGAUUAGGACUCCAUUGAAGAGGCAGUGUAGUGGGAGAAUGAUUUUCGGAUUCGAGAAGUCUCCUCUUGAAGCUCUGCCGCAAGAUAUUCUGAUUAGGAUUCUAUGUGGAGUGGAUCAUGAAGAUUUGAAGCAGCUUUUUCAUGUCUCUAAGGCGAUCAGAGAAGCUACUUUGUUCGCGAAGAAAUCUCAUUUCGCCUAUACAACACCAAGGAAGACGGCAGUUUUCCGAACCCCAAUUGAUUUCGACGAUUCCAGUGAGUUAGAUGACAUUGAAGCUCCAAAUGCUCCAAGACAAGAAAGAAACUACAGGUCCCGGCUCACAGGGAGGAGCCUUGCUUCCAUUUCAGUUGCAUUGUUUGGUUAAUUCAAACCAGGAGAGCUCUUGGAGGAGUAACACGAGGUGUAAAUAAGUUAGGUUUUGUUGGUUGUUCUUGUUGUUGUUGUUGUUGUUGUUGUAGAUUCAGUUGAUAGAUUAGGUUUAGGAAAAAGAAAAAAGGAGGACUUUUCGAGAUCUGCUUAUCAGAUCUUUGUACAUGGCGAGAAUCUUUACAAGCCCAUUUCUUCAAAAUGUUUCAUUGAAGAUGAUUCAGGCUUGUUCUGUAUCAUUGUGUACAUGGAUUAGAAAAAAGAGGGGGAGAAACAUAUUCCAGGAUUUGAUUUGUUGGGGGGGUAAGCUUUGCCCUCCUGUUUCAAGAUAAAGUUGAGGAGGGUGUGAGAAGAGUGUACAGUGCUGAUUUCUGCAUACUCUGCUUCUUAAUAAGAUUGUGAAUCACGUUUCCUCAUAUUCAAGUUUGUUUCUUUAUACCAAAUUUUCCUUUCUUCGUA